AUGUCUGGCUUCGGCUCCAAUCCGGCGUCCUGUUCCUCGAUCUCGGAGCAGGUAAGGUUGAUGAUUGAACGUGACAGGCAGUUGGCUCCUGGCGCCGCCAUCACUCUGGCCCAGGAUGAGAGCUCCAAAUGGAAUGAGAAUCGCGAUAAAAUGUUCGAGCUUUGCGGUCUUGAGGAGAAUCAAGAGACUCCAGACUUUGAGUCUGUUGAGGCGCUGAAGCCUCAGGAUCCGAAAGUCAUGAUGCGGCUUGCCGAAGCAGAGAACUACGACAGCCUCUUCUUCAGGUACAGCAAGAAGGCUGCCAAUGGCGAGGAGGUCUCUGGUGAGGAGCGCGUUCAAGCACUUCCUUUCCAUGUCAAUAACGGCGGAAAUCUCUUUACGGGCAACAUGGCUGAGCAGCCUAGCAAGCCCCUCUUUCAGGUUCUGGGGAUCAGCGAGCUCAGGUCCCGCGUGCUGAAGGACAUCUCAUUCAUUGAUAAGAAGAACCUUGCGCUGGCAAGCAAAGGGACUUACAGGGAGGUUGGACACUUCUACGAGGUCUGGGACACCAACCGUGCCGACUUUCUCGGCAACGAUUGUAGGCUGCUACAGAUCGGUACGAUGAACAAUGGGCAGAAGCCCGUGGUUGUCAAAAGCUCGCGGGUGUCAUUGAUUAUGGAAAAGGCCUUUGAAAGCCGGGGGCUUGGAGAAACCCAAGUUCUCGAGACGAAAAACCCUCAGGGUGUCGCACGCGACUGGCUCGUCCGCGACAAGAUGAUGCCACCGUCGAAGCCGAUUUUGUUGUAUACAAAAGGCAGCACUGAGAUCGAGCACGAGGUUGGGACUCGGACUGAAGCCCGUCACAUCAUGAUAACGGCGAUACCUUUCCAAGCCACCUCCGAGACAUACAACAGGUCCCCUCGUCUGACGUAUCAGAACUCUACUCUGCACAUGUUGCGUGGCCUCGAAGCAAUCCACAACGUUGGCUCGUCGAUCGAGACACUGGACAUCUCGUGCCAGCCCAUGCUGACACCUGGUCAUGUCGACUUGGUGCUGUCGGCCGUGCCUCACCUAAAACGCCUCACGCUUCGGAAAAAUCACUUGCUCCGAAUUUCGAACACUGAGGAGCUCAUGGAGAUGGUGCAUCGUCGAGUACCCGGCUGCAUCCUUGACUUCUCGCCAUACUUUUUCUACGGGGCUCUGCACCGCGAAGUUGAGAAAAACUUCGAGAUCAGUAAGGGCUCUUUCGGCCUGAGUUGGGAGGACUCGGGCGUCAACACGGAGAAAGUAGUGGCCGUCUUCAUCAUGAAGAUCCGCAACUGCGAGGCCGAACUGGGCAUGCGAGUCCUCGACAAGGGAAUGGGUCUCCGAGACUUUCUGAACCGCCUGCCACUGCGUCCAGGCUUUAUCGACAGCAUGAUUGAAUCCUGGGACAAACUCGAGCACGGUUGGACCGGUGACAGUACUGGUGACAGUCUGAUGUGGAACCUUGUCCACCAGAUUGUCGAGCCGAACAUUUCCAAGAUUUUGUCGGAGUACAAGAUUCUAACCUGUCGGCAUUGCGGCUGGCGGAUGCCCGAUUUCCUCAUGCAUGCUAAUUACUCUUGCGCGUUUUGCAGCUUUGAGUUCUUCGCAAGUGCAGAAACCGAUCGGUACCGUCACGAGAAGGAGUACAUUGCUCAUUCGCAUCUCUUGUCCAACGACCUCCUGCCUUCCAACGCAACGCUGGGCAUGCUUCUCGGCGCAGAAGAGCUUCCCGCUGCCGCCUCCGGCGACGGUGUGGUUGUGGCUAGGGGAUUCUGGGAUCAGUCCGUGGGCCCCUGGACGCCCGUCGAUACCUACAACCUUGAGCAGCAGCUCAUGAGACCCAUCCUGGCCUGCCGAACGCUGUACAAGAUCAGGCUCCGUGACCUCUCGCGGGCAUACGACAAAGCGGCGUUUCUCUGGAAGUCGACCGGGGAGUUCGCCAUCCACUGCCGCAAGCCGGGCUUCCAGGACCGCGGACCUGGCGACCAUGAGUUCUUCCCCGUCCAGCACGAAAACAUCUUUAGAAACCAGUUCCGCAUCGACGUCCACACGGGCGAGUCGUAUCAGGCCGUGUUCCUGCCAGACGAGUUGGCGUACAGCUCCAAGAUGUUCUACGUCCGGGCCGGGGACUGGGAUCAGCUCCGUAUCGACUUUACCAAGUCCGAGAAGCAGCUCCGAGAGGAGUACUACAGGCAGAAGUACUCCCCGUGGUGA